CAUUUCGAAAAGGAGGAGUAGCAGCGAGCCCUUUUUCAAAACCCCAAAGCCUGAACCCAAAAAAUAUGUCGAUACAAUCGCAGUCAGUGAACGAAGAAGAAGAAGAAAUAGGAAUCCAACAGCCAGCGUACCACCCUCCUGCUCCCGCCGACGAGUUAUUUGACAUCUCAACCACAGUUGAUCCUAGUUAUGUUAUAUCCUUGAUAAGGAAGCUUCUACCACCGACCAUGAAUGCCGCUAGUACUUCUGACAGGGUUAGUGGCUGUGAUUUUGCUUCUCAAGGAACAAAUGAUGUAAGAACAAAUGGAAGCUUGGUAUCACAAGCUGAAGAUCAAAUUUCGGAAAACAAACAUGACACCAUGGACUUCAUUGAUCAGAUUGACCGCUCAAAUGAGCAGGAAGGAACGGAUGACAAUUCUAAUGAUCGAGAAAAGCAGGUGGGUCCCGCAGUUGGAGAUGAUUCUUGGGAAGAACAUGGAUGCAUAUUAUGGGAUCUGGCAACAAGCAGAACCCAUGCUGAACUCAUGGUUCAAAAUCUGGUUCUUGAAGUUAUUUUAGCUACUCUAAUGAUUUCCCAGUCACCUCGUGUCACGGAGAUUAGCCUUGGACUUAUUGGGAACCUUGCUUGCUUUGAAGUAUCACGUAAAGAAAUUGCCUCUGUAAAUGGAUUGGUUGAAGUAAUUGUGGAUCAGUUAUUUGUAGAUGACACUCCAUGCCUGUGUGAAGAAUUCAGGUUGUUAACUUUAUGUCUCCAAGGCAGUGAAGGUAUAACUUGGGCUCAUGUCCUGCAGCCUGAGAACGUUCUAUCCCGUAUAUUAUGGGUUGUAGAAAAUACAUUGAAUCCGCAGCUUAUAGAAAAGAGUGUAGGAUUUCUGUUAACUAUAUCAGAAAGUCAGGAUGAAGUAAGAACUAUUCUUCUCCCACACUUGGUGAAGUUAGGUCUUCCCAUUAUUCUGAUUAACCUCUUGGCCUUUGAGAUCAGCAAACUGGUGGGAGACGAACGAUUACCUGAAAGGUACCCUGUUCUUGAUAUUAUUCUCCGGGCUAUUGAAUCCCUCACUAUAAUGGACAAUUGUUCCCAAGAACUUUGUUCCAGUAAGAAACUUCUUCAUCUACUUGGAACUCUGAUAAAACUUGCUGAUAAAAUUGAGGUGGCCACCUCAUGUGUUACUGCUGCUGUUCUGAUUGCCAAUCUUCUGAGCGAUACCGAUGAUCUGAUUUUAGAGAUAAAUAAAGAUCUGCUUUUCUUACAGGGGCUCCUGGAUAUCUUCCCUUUUGCUUCGGAUGAUAUAGAAGCCAGAAAUGCACUAUGGGACAUAAUUUCAAGAUCAUUGUCUCAUGUUCAAGGAGAGAUAAGCCCAUCAAAUCUCCAUCAAUAUAUAUCAAUUCUAGCGAGCAAAUCCGAUUUAAUAGAGGAAGAGCUUCUUGAUCACCAGUUAGCUGCUUCAAAUAAAGAUCAAGAAAAUGCUACUGCAUCUGGCAGAACCCUACUUAUAAGAACUGCAGCUUUGAAAAGGAUCAAUUGUAUGGUAAGUCAAUGGCUGGGCUUAAAGGAUCGGGUUAGCCCUAGCAAUUUGAUGUUGGAGUAUCCGGUUAAUGAACGAGAUCUUGAUCGAUUGAAGGACUGCUGUAAAAAAUAUAGCAAUGAUUUCGGAUCGAGUUUGACGAUUGAAGGCGUGAAAGGUUCAUCACAGAACAUGGUUUGAUACCAAAUCUCUUUGCUUAUUUAGGAUCAUCAAUCUGUAGGUUUACCUUGUGCUUUUCUUUGGUAAUUCAUAUUUUGGCAAUGCUUCUAUGAAACU